AUGCAGUUUGGGAGAGCCCAUGGUGACUGCGUGAGUGGAGCCCAGCUGUGUGGAUGCCCCAGCAUGGAUGACUACAUGGUCCUGAGAGUGAUUGGGGAGGGCUCCUUCGGCAGAGCUCUUUUGGUUCGGCAUGAAAGCAGUAAUCAGAUGUUUGCCAUGAAAGAAAUAAGGCUUCCCAAGUCUUUCUCUAAUACACAGAAUUCUAGGAAGGAGGCUGUUCUUUUAGCCAAAAUGAAACACCCCAAUAUUGUUGCCUUCAAAGAAUCAUUUGAAGCUGAAGGACACUUGUAUAUUGUGAUGGAAUACUGUGAUGGAGGGGAUCUAAUGCAAAAGAUUAAACAGCAAAAAGGAAAGUUAUUUCCUGAAGACAUGAUACUUAAUUGGUUUACCCAAAUGUGCCUUGGGGUAAAUCACAUUCACAAGAAACGUGUGCUGCACAGAGAUAUCAAGUCCAAGAAUAUCUUCCUCACUCAAAAUGGAAAAGUGAAAUUGGGAGACUUUGGAUCUGCCCGUCUUCUCUCCAAUCAGAUGGCAUUUGCUUGUACCUAUGUGGGAACACCUUAUUAUGUGCCUCCAGAAAUUUGGGAAAACCUGCCUUAUAACAAUAAAAGUGACAUCUGGUCCUUGGGAUGCAUUCUGUAUGAACUCUGUACCCUUAGGCAUCCAUUUCAGGCAAAUAGUUGGAAAAAUCUUAUCCUCAAAGUGUGUCAAGGGUCCAUCAGUCCUCUGCCAUCUCAUUACUCCUACGAACUUCAGUUCCUAGUCAAGCAGAUGUUUAAAAGGAAUCCCUCACAUCGCCCCUCGGCUACAACACUUCUCUCUCAAGGCAUCAUAGCUCGGCUUGUCCACAAGUGCCUACCCCCCGAGAUCAUCAUGGAAUAUGGUGAGGAGGUAUUAGAAGAAAUAAAAAAUUUGAAGCAUAAUACACCAAGAAAAAAAACAAACCCCAGCAGAAUCAGGAUAACUUUGGGAAAUGAAGCAAGCACAGUGCAAGAGGGAGAACAAGAUAGAAAGGGUAGCCAUACUGAUUUGGAAAGCAUUAAUGAAAAUGAAAGUGCAUCGAGAAGAGUAAACAGAGAAGAAAAAGGUAAUGAGUCAGUCCAUCUGAGGAAAGCCAGUUCACCAAAUCUUCACAGACGACAGUGGGAGAAAAAUGUACCCAAUAAAGCUCUUACAGCUUUGGAAAAGGCAUCCAUACUCACCUCCAGUUUAACAGCAGAGGAUGAUAGAGGUUAUAAAUUGGUAUAUUUUCUGUUAAUAUCUCCUGAAGGUACAGAAGGGUUCUUGAAAGGCCCCCUGUCUGAAGAAACAGAAGCAUCGGACAGUGUCGACGGAGGUCACGAUUCUGUCAUUUUGGAUCCAGAGCGACUUGAGCCUGGGCUAGAUGAGGAGGACACGGACUUUGAGGAGGAAGAUGACAACCCUGACUGGGUGUCAGAGCUGAAGAAGCGAGCUGGAUGGCAAGGCCUGUGCGACGGAUAAUGCCUGAGGGAGUGUUCCUGAGUCACACUGAGGAGAGGCUUCACUCAGGAGUUCAUGUUGAGAUGAUCAUGAGUUCAUGCGAUGUAUAUUUUCCUUUGGAAACAGAAUGAAGCGGAGAAAACUCUUAAUACUUAAAAUCGUUCUUGAUUAGUAUCAUGAGUUUGAAAAGUCUAGAACUCCUGUAAGUUUUUGAAUUCGAGAGAGAAGGUGUAGUGGAAUUACACCUUCCACUACAUUGGAAGUGUGUGAGCAUUGGGCUUUGCAGUCCCAUAGAACAGAAAUGGGAUGAUAGCCUGCCACUACCUACUUGUGUGAUUGUGGGAAAUUACUUAAUCUCUUCGAGCCCCAAUUUCCUUAACCAUAAAAUGAAGAUAAUAAUGCCUACCUCAGAGGGAUGCUGACUAUAGACCAUUACAGCAGCCCAUAUGUUAUUCACAUUAUGAUUUGUGUUUAUUAUUAUGUGACUCUUUUUACACUUCCUAAAGGCUUGAGAAUUAAAUAUAUUUAAUUUUGAU